AUGUCAGAUUUAAGAAAAAUCAAAUUUGAUGCAAACAUUUCAUCGCUUGGAAAAAUAAGUUUCUUCUGCUGUAAGAAUUUGAUCUCUGCAGAUUUCAGUCGUUGCCCUGUUAGAAAAAUACAUGACUUCACUUUUGCCAGGUGUCAGAUUUUGUCAGAAAUUAUUUUACCAAGUUUAGUGAGAACCGUUGGUUUGUCUGUUUUCAUGGACACAAAAAUCACUUCAUUCGAAGGUGGUCGAACGAUACAAACCGUCGGACCAAAGUGUUUCAUGAAUUCAAAGCUGAAAAACUGUGAUUUGUCAAGAACAUCGAUAACGGUUUUGCCAAGCCAAAUAUUUGCCAAUUGUUCGGAAUUGAUUGAUGUAAAACUUCCGCCUGUUUUGGAGUUUAUUUCUCCAUCAUCGUUUACAUCGACGGUUUUGACAAAUUUGACAUUUCCAAGGACAUUGAAAACUAUUGGUCCUCAUUCAUUUUUCGAUUGCCAAAAGAUCGAAAUUCUGAACUUUACAGAUACUGUUUUAUAUGAGAUUGGACAUCAUUCAUUUUACAAGUGCAAAUCAUUGAAGACUCUUUUACUUCCUGACGCUGUUAAAUACAUUGGCGGAACUUGUUUCGGACACACGAAUUUGACUGAAUUAAUAAUGCCUAAAAACAAAGAUUUUGUCUCUGUCGAAGGAGAUGUUUUUAAUCACCUUGGAACUGUUGUUAAACUGGACAUGGAAUACUUGGAUAUCGCUGAGAUACAAAGCUUCCUUUUCAUGAAGGAUUUGAGUAGAUUGCAGUAUUUAUCACUUCCAAAGAAACUUGAAUCAGUUUCAGACACAAUUUUCGUUCCUUGUCCUAAUUUAAAGUUUGUUUAUUAUGGUGGAAUAAAUGUAAUGGACACUGUUCAACAGAUUGACGGAGAUGUUCCACUUAUUUUUGUUUCUAAGGACUACCCUGAUAAUAGACUAUUCGGAAUCCACGCGAGAGUUAUAAAGGACUCAUCAGUCAUGUUCUCUCAGUAA